AUGACUAGCGAAAAAAGAGUCUUUGCUGGUGUCCGAAAUGCUUUGGAGAACCAACGGGAGGAAAAGCAGAAGGAAACGGGUCCUGAUGCAGCAGUCCAAGUAACGGAAGAGAAGAAGAGAGUACCGGGAUCUAGUAGGAAGAGUUCGACCAAGAAGAGUUCGUCCAAGGACGACCAACGGAAGAAGCAUCUUCUUCGCAGCAAGUCAAUGGAGCACCCUGGCGCCAUCAUGCCAGCCCUUGUCACGCCUAGGCGGGGUUCUAUGGCCAUGGAAGCAAGGACCGGGAAACUUAGCAAUGACGCUGAUGCAGACAGGGAACUGAAGAAGCAGAGUGGGGCUUCUGAAGACACCAUGGUUGACGCAGCUCCUGAGGAUCCCCCUGAGGAAUCUCAUGAUCUCGGGGUACCCUUCUUUGACCCGAUUUUCCCAGACGACGACCAAGUGACCAAGAGGAAGGCUCCUAUUCGUAGCAAGUCCAUGAAGCUGGAUCCUGAACCGUUUGUGGAAGACGGCCCCAAUGACUUUGGAGCGCCUUUCUUUGACGACCCAGUGCCCAAGACACCAGCUAAGACGAAGAGGCCUCUUUGUCGCAGCAAGUCCUUGGACUACGCUGGCACCAUGGCAGUUGCGAGGACAGCUGAGAAACAGAGGAACUGCGUGGCUGAAGCUGUCGAUGGUGAAACUGGGGCAAUCCCGUUGUUGAAAGCCAACUCUAGGGAUGGCAAAGGAUCUUCCACCCGCGUCUCUCGGCGGUCCAUGAAGGAAGAUAAGAAGGCUGUAGAAAGCAAAAAGGAAUCAAGCAAAAAGGAAUCAACCACCAAGGAUCGCAUUCGUCGGCGCUGCAGCCGUUCUCCCAUGCGUAGACGCGGCUCUGGUAUAUAUGUCGACGACUCUUCCAGAAACCUGCGAUCAAGGUCCCGAUCUGGUUCCCCGGAUGCCCGAAGAGCAUCACGUUCACGCUCCCGCUCUGUUAUUCGAGACAGCACAAGGGCAUCACGAUCUCGGUCUAGGUCUCGGUCCAUUACACGCCGGGGCAGGAGUUCAUCGCCAUCAAUGUCUACUCCUCGAGGGGGGAGGAAACCAUCCGUUUCGGCGUCCCGGUCUCGAUCCCGAUCUAGUUCACGCGGCGGUAGAAAUCCGUCACUUGCGCGCUCGAGAUCAAGGUCUCGCGGUGGCAAACGACCGUCUCUGUGUGCAUCAUCGUCUCAAGCAGCAACGCAGAGUUUCCGUCGACAAGGAUCCCUGUUGACCUCGUCGCAGCAAAUGGGUAGCGUCCGUCGAGGAUUACAGGCGGAACGUACUGCCAGUAUCCGGCGUCAAGGGUCCCUCUUGGCUUCCUCCCAGCAAAUGGGGAGCGUUCGUCGAGGAUUGCAGCAGUCGGCAUCGGAUCGAAGAGGCAGCUUUCGCCGUGGAUCCAUGUCUUGCCCUUCUCAUCAGCCAGCCGGCAGUGUCCGCCGAGACAUGCCUUCCAGUUCUGAACGAAGCACGGGUAGCAGGGGCGAUUUGUCGCUGUCUUCAUCCUCGCAUCACCAUCAUGUGGGCCAGGAAGAAUGCUACGAUGAUGAAGAUAUUGAUACGUUGGAUACUAGUGGAGAUGUGGAACCAGAUACAAGCAUCUGUGAGAAGGAAGUUGAGAUUGCUCCUUCCGAGCAAGUUACGGCGCCAGGGGAGAACAAUGCUGGUUCUGAGGAGGAGCUCACCAAGGAUGAUUCGUCUUCUGACAAGACACGUGAGAAAUGGUUAUGCUGCUGCGGAAACGAUAAUGAUGACACACAUCCAUUUUGUUGUAUGUGCGGUUCAGCCAAGUUCUGGGCAUGUGCAGCCUGUCACAAAAAGGAUGACAACAAACAAAAGUACAAGUUCUGCGGCUGGUGUGGCGUUGAGCGGGAGGGGUCAGGGUCCUCUAAUGGGAGAAAUGUAGCAGCCGCAAAAACUGCAUGA